AUGAUUUCUCUUGCAACCCAACGGUCCGCCGUCUCGUCCUCGUCUUCCUACCCGCCCAACUACGCCUGUCCCGAAGACUGCACCUGUACCAACAUGCCCGUCUCGGACGGUGAAGACGAUUACUCGGACGACGAAAUGGACGUUGACCUCGGCGAUGCGGUGGACAUGCCCACCUUUAGCCAGAUCCUAGAAAUGGACGAGCCUGGUGACCGCGAAUUCUCUUCUUCCAUCGUCUUCGGCUUCUUUGACCAGGUCGAAGAGACCUUUGCGUCCAUGGACAAGGCUGUGGAGGCCAAGAACUUGGAGGAGCUUUCCUCGCUCGGCCAUUUCCUCAAGGGCUCUUCGGCUACCCUUGGCCUCGUCCGUGUACGCGACGGCUGCGAAAAGAUUCAGCGCUUCGGGAAGCUCGAGAACGAGGACGGCUCAGCAGAACCCAACGCCGAUCUGUGUCUCGACCGCAUCAAGGAGGCCCUAGCCACGGUCAAGACGGACUACCAGGAUGCCGAAAUACGUCUGCGCAAAUUUUACGAGGCCGAAGAUGCCUAA